GCAGAGCAGUCUAAUGCCCUUGAGUCAUUUGAGAGAGGUGCCACUGAAGUUUUAUCAUAGGAAUUCCGUACUGUUUUCAAAGUUUCUGACAUGCCAUCUAGGGGAGAUUUUUGCUAAUUGUAGCAUGUUUUACAUGGAGACUUCAAAAUUUUGCAUAAAUUGACAGCAGGUGUUUGUCUCAAGAAGUUCUACAGUGAAGAAAGGCUAGCCUCAUAAUACUAAUGUAUGCAAGGUAAUAUGUCAGUUACCUUAGAGAAUAACGGGACGUUAACACAGUCUCAGGGGCUAAGGACAAUAAAUGUUCUUAAAACAAGGUACAUGUUAACUAGUAUCAAGAUUUACAAAACAUUUUAUUAAAGGAGUCCUUUAGACAUUGAAACUAAGAUCACUAACAGAUGAAGUCUGUGUAUUAUGAACUUCAUGCAAAUUACUUUGGGUAAAUGUGUAAUAAAUUCAGGUCCCCCCCCCCCCCCGGAACUGUGGAUGAAAUACCUGACAGGCCCUUCUGUAACAAGUUUGAAAUGUUUUGAACACAGAUGAAAGGCAGAUAAUCCAUACAUAAUUUGGGGCAGUGUUCAGUAAUGUGUUUUUUGUUUUGUUUUUCUUUUAAUUAUACUGGUUAAGAUAAUUGAAUGGGAUCAGGUGAAUUGAGAGGUAAAUGCACUUUGAAGACGGGUCUGAAAAAUGGUGAUAACCCUUGUUCCUCACAUCUGGAUUAAAAAACAAUGCAUAGAGUAGGCAACACAUUUUCAGGUACUUUAUAGAGAAUGAUGGAUAACCAAGAAUCUGAAUACAUUUCUGGCACAUAAUUGUUGAUUUUGAAGAAAAUCCUUAUAAGGACAUCAAAUCUUCAUGUUACUGUAUUAUCUCUAAUCAAAUUUUACAUGAACAUGAAUGGCUGGAUACAGAGAAAAUUAAAGCUGAGGUAUACAGACUGCCAUUUGGAGAAAAAAGAUCAUUCAAAAAUAAAUGUAUUUUUAAAACUAAGGGGAAUAAUUUGAUACAAACAUUCUGAACUGAGGCAUGGUUGCAGUAUAUUAAGUAUGACUGAACUGCUCUACAGAGAUAAUAAUAUGUGUUGAAUAAUAGUGUGAUGGAGGCGUAUGUGGAAGGUGAGAAGGCUAAACCAUGGAAUGAGUUGGGUAUUUUGAGACAAAUCUAAGCUCUACUAAAUUCUUCUAUCAUUGCAAACUCUGCUGUUAGAAGAGAUUUUGUUAAGUAGGAAAGCAGUCUUGGAAGCAUUGUUUUGGGAUCCAUCCUGUUUCCAACUGCAAGCAUUGAUCUCAGCUGUCCCACAGUGCCUUGCAUGUAAAGGUGCUCAAUAAAUAUUUGAACUGAUGAGCAAAUGUUUACUCCAGCCUGUUAGUUUUCCAGGAUCUUAUAAUUGCACCUUUUUGCAUGUUAAGCCUAGGGUGAAUUUUAAAAUCUGAUCUAAUGAGCAUAGUGCAAAAUUGUAUGCAUCUAUUCCUAGACAUCUACAAUUUUAGAAUCUGACAACCAUGUAUGUUUAGGACAUAUACAAGCAGAAUAAAAAGUGAAAUAAUGUAUGGAUGGUGAAAUACUUAUGUAAGGGUCAACUGCAUUUGGAGGGUGGGUUGGCAGUUAGUUUGGAGAAAGGGAUAGCGCUUUUAUUCAUGCUAGACCUAGGAUUACUAUUUUAUGAGGAAUUAAUUCAUGAAGCAUGGGAACAGCCUACAGCCUAUUCCCAUAUUGACAAUUCAAAAGCUGCAUGAUAUCUAGACAAUGAAUGGAUUAAAUGGUGAAGAAUUAAAAAUACAUGGUUGGCCUUAGACAAAGUAUGCAGAUUCUAGACUUAGAAUAUCUCAUUACACUGUUCUCAGUCUUUCAGCUAGAUGAUUUUAGACAAUGAAAGGAGCUUGGAUUUGUCUCUACAGCUUCAGCUUCAAAUUAAUUUGGGAAACGUGUCUGAGGGGAUAAACCAGGCUAACUCUGGACGGGAAAUGACCAAUGACACUUUGUAACCUUACCGACCUGGCCACAAGUGAUGUGAGAAAACCACUAGUGGACACAAAAAUGAUGCAGAGAGAAUUAGGGACAACUCUUGAGGGUGGAGGUGGCAGUUGCUGGGGCAUGUAGCACACAAGUAAAGACAGCAGGUGGCACCAUUAGUAUUUUUUUUAUAAGUUUUUUUUUUUUUUUUUUUAAGAUUUUAUUUAUUUGACAGAGACACAGCGAGAGAGGGAACACAAGGACGGGGAGUGGGAGAGGGAGAAGCAGGCCUCCCGCCGAGCAGGGAGCCCGAUGUGGGACUCGAUCCCAGGACACUGGGAUCAUGACCUGAGCGGAAGGCAGAUGCUUAACGACUGAGCCACCCAGGCGCCCCCAUUUAUUAGUAUUACAUUCACUCCUCCCUCUCUCCCCCAUAGAGGUAAAAUAGAGUAGCAAGGAAUUGAAGGAACCAACUUUCCAUUUCAUACUCUGUGGCUGACCCUUGCCUCCUUCCUUCAGAUUUGAGAAAUAAAUGGAAAAUCCCAUUUUAUGUUGCUUUAUGUCUCCAUUGGGUGGAAGAGAAGGAAGCCUCAUGCUUCUGGUAGCCAUUGCCAGUUAAUCGUCUAGGAGGUGACUUGCCAGAUCUUUGUUUCAACGUGGGCUUUGCAGAUCCUACUUUACAAUACAUGGCUGCAAUACAUACAAGUACAUACAUACCUCUUUUGCCAAAUGGCUGUACAAGGCGCACCCACAGCAGUGGGUUUAGGGGUCCUUCCGUUUUGCUAACGCGUUGUGUCCCCCAGGGGUUCCAAAGAUUUGGAUAGGGUGAGACAGACUAUACAUAACAGACUACGCUUUGUCUGGGGUCCAAGUCUUUUGGCUUACGUUAACCUUUUCAUAGGCAAUCUUGAAGUAGCAACGAGGCCAAAGGACUUCUAGAAAACAAACAGGCCGAGACACGUAAGAAGUAGUAUGCGCGCGCGCCACUUCUCUCCCCCCACAAUGAACUAGAAAAACCACACCACUAAGUCUAGUGCCGGCAAGUUUGACGGUGACCUCGGCAAAGUGACGAUACUAGGGAAAAGAGUAAAUUUUGACAGAAACAAGGAAAAGAUCUGGAUCAACAAAAUCCUGUCAACUCUAGGGGAGAGAGUGCGGUGGGAUAUCGGAGCCUAAAGGAAACAAAUGUAUUUUAGGAGCAUUCACUUCUCUCCCUUCCCUCACACACCUAAACUCAGUUCUUGGCUAUCAUCUCCCGCCCCUUUUUCGAUCACGGCCAAUCAGGUUGCCCAGUUCAAAACACUUGUUACCGAUCUAAAGAGUUACUCAGGGGAGUCAUUUCACGUAGGUCAAAGCGCCGGGGAGGCGGCGAGCAGAAACGAUUCAAACCGCUUUAAAUCCCAGCUCUUGGGGUCGAUGGGAGCAGAGCCUUAUAGCUUUACCUCAACCUUGUAAUUGUGAGCUAGGAGUUAGUUUUGGCUAAGGUCCCUCGGGCCUAUCAAAUGCCAACCGCUGCACCCUGGGGGCGUGGUUACCGGCUUGUUGGGGCUCUGGGAAGUGCACUUCUCCGGAGGACCGGGCCUGAUAAUACCAUAAAAGGCUGGUUCUCCCAAUUCUGAAGCUAUGUUCUGUUGACCUUCCUUUAGGAGCGCUCCCCGCGACUGCACUGUGCGGAACCCUUAGUUUUCGAGUCCCAUCUCUGCUUCCUAGGCCCUUUCAUUGGCUCCGCCUCCAUAAGCCUUACUGGUCCACUCUCAGAACGCCCUCCUGGUUACAGACCGCACCCCCUCGCCUGGGCUCCGCCUCACCAGCCCGUAGCUUGGCCCAGGCGGUAGUUCGCGUUUUGAGCCGCUCGUGCCACCAUAGCUGCUGCUGCCGCCGCUGCUGCUGCGGAGCCGAAAUCGCCGAGCGCGAUGCCUGAGGGCGCUGUGAGCGGGGUGCCUCCCGCGCCCUGGGGCUGGUGAGGCUGGGCCCGAGCGGGGGCGCUAGCGAGUUGCUGGGGCUGCUGAGGGAGGUGAAAGAGAAGGGUCCAGGGCCCCUGCGGAGGGCCGAGAGCGAGCUCCCGAGGGUCGAGGGUGGGGGAGGGAGGCUCCCGUGGCAGAACGGGUUGCCGGGCCACAGCGAGCCCCGCCGCGCCGAAUGUCCCUGCGGCCGCCAGCUCAGGUGUCCAAGCCCCGGGCGGGACUCCUCGGUGGCCUCGGCGGCCUCCUUCUUUAGACACUGCAGUUGCCAUGGGAACAGUUGGGAAUUAACGGGGACCAGACCAACCACAAGCCCUACCAGGGCCAAUCCCAUCCCUCUGGCUGAACGUCUCUGGCAGGCGUGGGCCUGGUAUUUCUCUGCAGCUCUGGCUUUUCCCCCCCUCUUUUUCAUGGGUUUGUCCUUCAGACGUAAGAAACCGCGCAGGGCUUGAAGGCAGGUACGAGGAGAAGGGAGAGGGUAAUGCCUAGAGAUAAAAGCUGCAGACACGGCUAGGCAGAAGAUAAGGUGGCCUCUGCCAUCUUAGGUCAGUGGGAGGGCAUACUGGAAGGACCUGUGGAGUGGGAAGGCAGUGCCCCUUUUGAGACAAGUUCCAAGACUGGGCCAGGAACUGUCCCCCGGGGCUCCUCAUCAUGAUGGCUGUGGAAGGGUCAACUAUUACCAGCCGGAUCAAGAACCUGCUGCGAUCCCCAUCCAUCAAAUUACGCAGGAGUAAGGCAGGAAACCGGCGAGAGGACCUCAGCUCCAAGACGGUGAGGUGGAGUGAGAAGAGGUUCCAGGGCAUUCUGAAUCUCCCAUGGGAUCAUCUAGCAGAAAGGCCAGUGAACUAAUUUGAGGUGACAUUGGAGAAGGUGCUUGGAAUAACAGUGUCUGGAGGCAGAGGACUUGCCUGUGACCCCCGAUCGGGUUUAGUUGCCUACCCAGCAGGGUGUGUGGUUGUGCUGUUCAAUCCCCGGAAACACAAACAGCACCACAUCCUCAACAGUUCCAGAGUGGGCACAUGCCUGCCGUGCGCGUUUGGGACGUGGCUGAGCAUAGCCAGGUGGCAGAGCUGCAGGAGCAUAAGUACGGUGUGGCUUGCGUGGCCUUCUCCCCAAGCGCCAAGUACAUUGUCUCCGUGGGCUACCAGCAUGACAUGAUCGUCAACGUCUGGGCCUGGAAGAAAAACAUUGUGGUGGCCUCCAAUAAGGUGUCCAGUCGGGUGACAGCAGUGUCCUUCUCUGAAGAUUGCAGCUACUUUGUCACUGCAGGCAAUCGGCACAUCAAAUUCUGGUACCUCGAUGACAGUAAGACCUCAAAGGUGAACGCCACUGUGCCUCUGCUGGGCCGCUCAGGGCUGCUGGGAGAGCUGCGCAACAACCUGUUCACUGACGUGGCCUGUGGCCGAGGGAAGAAGGCCGACAGCACCUUCUGCAUCACGUCCUCAGGCCUGCUGUGCGAGUUCAGCGACAGGAGGCUUCUGGAUAAGUGGGUGGAGCUAAGAACCACUGUGGCCCACUGCAUCUCUGUGAGCCAAGACUACAUCUUCUGUGGCUGUGCCGACGGCACCGUGCGCCUCUUCAACCCCUCUAACCUGCACUUCCUCAGCACGCUGCCCCGGCCCCACGCCCUGGGGACAGACAUUGCCAGUGUCACUGAGGCCAGUCGCCUCUUCUCUGGAGGGGCCAAUGCCAAGUAUCCAGACACCAUUGCCUUGACCUUUGAUCCUACGAAUCAGUGGCUGUCUUGUGUAUACAACGACCACAGCCUUUAUGUUUGGGAUGUGAGGGACCCCAAGAAAGUGGGCAAGGUGUACUCGGCUCUGUAUCAUUCCUCCUGCGUCUGGAGUGUGGAGGUCUACCCUGAAGUGAAGGACAGUAACCAGGCCUGCCUGCCCCCAAGUUCCUUUAUCACCUGUUCCUCAGACAAUACCAUCCGCCUUUGGAACACGGAGAGCUCCGGGGUGCAUGGCUCCACACUGCACCGAAACAUCCUCAGCAAUGACCUCAUUAAGAUCAUCUAUGUGGAUGGGAACACUCAGGCCCUGCUGGACACAGAGCUGCCCGGAGGAGACAAAGCCGAUGGGUCCCUGAUGGAUCCCCGUGUGGGCAUCCGCUCUGUGUGUAUCAGCCCCAACGGACAGCAUCUAGCUUCUGGGGACCGUGUAGGCACGCUUAGGGUGCACGAGCUGCAGUCCCUGAGUGAGAUGCUGAAGGUGGAGGCCCAUGACUCAGAGAUUCUCUGCUUGGAGUACUCUAAGCCGGACACGGGUCUGAAGCUGCUGGCAUCAGCGAGCCGGGACCGGCUCAUCCAUGUGUUAGAUGCUGGCCGGGAGUACAGCCUGCAGCAGACGUUGGACGAGCACUCAUCCUCCAUCACUGCCGUCAAGUUUGCAGCCAGCGAUGGGCAAGUCCGCAUGAUCAGCUGUGGAGCAGACAAGAGCAUUUACUUCCGCACUGCACAGAAGUCUGGAGAUGGAGUCCAGUUUACACGGACACACCACGUGGUACGGAAGACGACCCUCUAUGACAUGGAUGUGGAGCCCAGCUGGAAGUACACGGCUAUCGGCUGCCAGGACCGAAAUAUUCGGAUCUUUAACAUCAGCAGUGGGAAGCAGAAGAAGCUGUUUAAAGGGUCACAGGGUGAGGAUGGCACUCUGAUUAAGGUGCAGACAGACCCCUCAGGGAUCUACAUAGCCACCAGCUGUUCUGACAAGAACCUCUCCAUUUUUGACUUCUCCUCAGGCGAGUGCGUGGCCACCAUGUUUGGCCACUCAGAGAUUGUCACUGGCAUGAAGUUUAGUAAUGACUGCAAACAUCUCAUCUCAGUGUCAGGGGACAGCUGUAUAUUUGUAUGGCGCCUGAGCUCUGAGAUGACUAUCAGCAUGAGGCAGCGCCUGGCUGAGCUGCGCCAGCGUCAGCGAGGGGCCAAGCAGCAAGGAUCGUCUUCUCCCCAGAGGGCUGCAGGACCCAACCGGCACGAGGCCCCAUUGAUGCUGUCUCCUGGACCAGCUCUUUCAUCAGACAGUGACAAGGAGGGAGAAGAUGAGGGCACUGAAGAAGAAGAACUUCCAGCUCUGCCCAUCCUUGCCAAGGGCACCAAGAAGGAGCCAGCCUCAGUGCCCGGCCCAGGCCUGCCCCGAAGCCUGUCCCACUGGGAGAUGAGUCGGGCACAGGAGACGGUGGAGUUCCUGGCCCCAGCCCCUGCAGCCAACCAAGGACCCAGAAGAAGGGGCCGCUGGGCCCAGCCAGGUGUGGAGCUGAGUGUCCGCUCCAUGCUGGACCUGCGGCAGCUAGAGACACUGGUCCCAGGCCCUCGAGGUGCUAGCCAAGACUUGCUGGCCAUGACCCCAUCUUGCCCUGGGAAGCAUGGUCAGCAGGCCCCUGAGACCUCACAUGCUAGCCAGAGCGAAAAGCCCCCUCGGCCUCAGGCUUCCCAACCCUGUUCCUGUCCCCACAUUAUUCGAUUGUUGUCCCAAGAGGAAGGGGUCUUUGCCCAAGAUCUGGAGCCUGCACCCAUCGAAGAUGGUAUUGUCUACCCGGAGCCGAGUGACAGCCCCAUCCUGGAUACCAGUGAGUUCCAGGUGCAGGCUCCAGCCCGAGGGACCCUGGGAAGAGUGUAUCCAGGCAGCAGGGGCUCCGAGAAGCACAGUCCUGACAGUGCCUGUUCUGUGGAUUAUAGUAGCAGCCGCCUUUCCAGCCCUGAGCACCCCAACGAAGACUCUGAGAGCACGGAGCCCCUGAGUGUGGAUGGCAUUUCCUCAGACCUUGAAGAGCCAGCCGAGGGUGAUGAGGAAGAGGAGGAAGAAGAGGGAGGCACUGGUGCCUAUGGGCUGCAGGAAGGCAGUCCCCAUACCCCAGACCAGGAGCAGUUUCUAAAACAGCACUUUGAGACUCUGGCCAAUGGGGCUGCUCCAGGGGGCCCAGUCCGGGUACCAGAGAGGACAGAGUCUCGGAGCAUCUCUUCACGAUUCCUGUUGCAAGUGCAGACCCCCCCGCUCAGGGAACUGUCUCCGUCUUCCUCAAGCCUGGCGCUGACAUCGAGACCAGUCCACACGCGGCCGGCUGUGGGUGAGCAGCCGAGAGGCAGUGGUGCCAGUCCUCCAGGAGCACCCCCGGAGGCAGAGCCCUCCCCUGGCAGUGCUGGCCCCCAGCAGGCAGUCCCUGUGCUUUUGCCGCGACGCCGUCUCAACCCUGACAGCAGCUGGGCUCCCAAGAGAGUGGCUGCAGCCAGCACCUUAGGUGGACUCCAGAAAGCCCAGUCUGUGCAGAGUCUGGUGCCGCAGGAUGAGGCCCCUCCACCAGGCCCAUUGCUCUUACGGGAGAUGGAGGCCCAGGAGGGCCUGCGCUCCCUGCCACACGCUGAUCGCCGUCUGUCUCGGCCUCAGUCCUACCAGAACCCCACCACCAGUUCCAUGGCCAAGAUUUCCCGCAGCAUCUCUGUUGGGGAGAAUUUGGGCCUGGCGGCCGAACCUCAGGCUCCUGCUCCCAUUCGGGUCUCACCGCUCAGCAAGCUAGCCCUGCCCAGCCGGGCUCACCUGGUCCUGGACAUCCCAAAGCCACUGCCCGAUCGUCCUACCCUGGCCACAUUCUCACCUGUUACCAAGGGCAGGGCCCCUGGUGCGGCAGAACAGCCUGGCUCCCCAGUGGGCCUAGGAAAGGCUCACAGUACAUCUGAGAGGCGGGCCUGUUUGGGGGAGGGUGCCCCUUCCAAGCCUAGGACAGAGUGCCAGGCUCAGCCUGGGCCCAGCAGCCCCUGUGCCCAGCAACUGCCGGUCAGCAGCCUCCUCCGAGGCCCUGAGAACUUGCAGCCCCUGUCCCCCGAGAAGACUCCCAGCCCCAUGGAAUGCACCAGGCCAGGGGCAGCCCUGAGCCAGGACUCAGAACCAUCAGUGAGCCUGGAGGAGUGCGAACAGCUUGUGGCAGAGCUCCAGGGCAGUGUGCGCCAGGCUGUGCAGCUCUACCACUUGGUGGCUGGCUGCAAGACGCCCUCAGCGGAGCAGAGUCGCAUCGCCCAGCUCCUCAGAAACACCUUCUCCUCAGUGCGGCAGGAGCUCGAGGCCCUGGCCGGGGCAGUGUUGUGCAGCCCGGGCGGGAGCCCUGGGGCCGUGGGGGCUGAGCAAACACAGGCCCUGCUAGAGCAAUACUCAGAGCUGCUGCUUCGGGCGGUGGAGCGGCGCAUGGAACGAAGACUCUAGUUCCGGAAUCCUGUCCCAAGUGAAUGCUCCCCCUAUUCCAAACUGUAGCCCCUGCUCCACUCUCCAAAACCUGUGGGGAUGCUUGGAGUGGCUAGCAGGGGUCAGUGCUCAGAGGGGAAGCACCUUUUCCAGCUUCCUCAUGGGGCCCCUGUAUUUAUUAAUUUAUUUCCCUGACUGUUGCCUCACUUUCUUGGAGCUCCUGCCUCCACAGCCCCUUCAGUGGCUCAUGCAGGGUAGGUCUUGGAUCCUUGUCAUCUUGGUGCUGUGAGGAGCAGGAGGGCAGCCUGCCCCAUCUGGGGGAAAUUGGGAAGGGCUGGCCCUCUCUUCUUAGAAGCCAUUUGAAAUUACUGCAGGGAUCAGCUCCCUGGGGUGGAGCACACACAGGGUAUUCAGUGGGGUGGAAGUGAGAGGCCAUGUGGUAUCAGUGCCCUUCAGCCAACAGCGGAGCUUCACCUCUACCUCCACUUCCCCUCCCACACCAGCUGCACUCCCCUGGCUGCCAGAGCAGGGGUUAUCUGUUUUCCCCAAUUCCUGGCAGUUCCCAAAGGCAAAGCCCUCUAGCCCUCCAGGGCGUUCCCAGCCAUCAGGAGGCUUGAGUUGGUAUCAAGGCCCGAGCCCCCCACAUUCCACUCCCAUCCCCCCCCAAAAGAGCCCUAGCAUUCUCUCUCUCGGUGCCCCCUUUCUCUCCUGGCCAGAACUUGUGGAGACAGCUGUGGGAUGUUGCUGCAGGACAGUAAAGCCCUCUGCUGGGCAAACAUAAAGCCCUGGCCUCCUUUUCCCAGCCCCUUGGUCUUCCCUGUCUUCCCAACCUUGAUCCCCAGCAGGCUGCUAGACCCAGAGGCCACCUUCUCCUUGCAUCCUGAGUGAUGCUGGUGUUAGAACUUCCCUCAUGGUUUACAGGGCGCCAGCCCACCUUCUGAGGACCUUGGCCACAGAUGAAGUACGCGCGCGCACACACACACACAUACACACAGUUGAGUGUUCAUUGCUAGAGUACUUGGCUGGCUGAUGUGUGCCUGGUUUCCCUUCAUGUGCUACUCCUGCUUUGCCACCCUGGCUCAUGUGGAACUAUCAAGGGGCACGAAAAGGACUGGAACACACUAACCCGAAUUCUGGAUUCUUGGUGUCCACAACCUAGCCAAUACGAGAUGGCGUGUAGGUUUCUGGUUUGGGUAGAAGGAACCUCCUCAAAGGCAGUGCUGGGCACCCAGGAUGCUCUGGAUGCUGGAAGUUGAGGGGAGGGGGAGGCACGUGGGACUGCAGAAGGGGCCAAGAGACACACUGGAAAGGUGGUAGGUGGGACAGGUAAGUGGUAGAGGGGAGGGGAUAGAUUAGAAUUAGAAGGACAGCUGUUAGGAGUGAGGGGAAGGAUGUAGGGCACGGGGCAGGUAGAGUAGGACCCAGUAGUGAAGCAGUUGUUGAGUUGGGGUGAAGAACAUGUGUCUCUGGGCCCUACUGCUUUCCUCUGCCUCAGGUAAGUCAGGGUAGCUUUCCUGAAGAUUCAGGUUAGAAAAACCAAUUGUCCCAUGGACAGGCCAUGGGGUCCUACUGGUUCUAUAGGCAGAAACUUAGAAAGAAAUUGGUUUGCAUAGAGUGCUCAGCUCUUGUUUGCAUCAGCUGGAAUACACCAGAAGAGAUGAAGCCUAUUUCACCCCCACUCUUCUGUACUACCACCACCUGCAUGGCCAAGCUGCAAAGAACUGCAGCUGAGGGUGGACCCCGGCAGGGCUGCAGCUGCCCUUUGUGAGGGUUAGAAGUCUACUCCAUUCCCCGUCCCGGGACACUAGCCACAGCCCAGACCAAACAGGCUCAGGCCUGGCCCUCUGGCCUGGGUUCCUCCCGAUCCUCAGCCAGCCAGCCCCUCAGAGGAGGGAGCUGCACUCCCGCUAAGGUUUGUAAGAAGGUGGCCGCCCUUUCCCUAUCCCCAGCCGAGCGUGGGGUGGGAGAGGGGGUCUUGUGGUCGGCCGGCGCCCGUCCCCUUCUGCAUGUCUGAGGCCACCGGCAAUUGCCGCCCCCCGACCAGAUUUGCCCUGACCCAGUUUUGACACCCCCCCCUUAUUUAUAACUUUUAUACUUUGUCCAGGCCCGUGGCGCUUCCCUCUUCCCCAGGUCUCACGGGGCAGGGGCUGUUUUUAACUCGUCCGUUUGUAUUGAUGUAUGAACUCGUCAAUAAAUACAAUCAUUUGUUAA